CGCGAACAAACCAACUGCGCAGACAACGCCGACUUUCGAAAAGGACCCAUAACGACCCAAAAUUCUACUUCGUUCUUCGACGGUCACGCAAAGUCAAACCGAAAUCCAUUCGCAGCAAAGACGCGUAGAGAAAAUUCCCACACAACUCCCCAACUCCCCGCGCCCCGCAGCGCCCCAACCGCAACCAUGUCGUUGACAAACUGCCGCUUCUAUGAAGAGAAGUAUCCGGACAUAGAUAGCUUCGUGAUGGUAAAUGUGAAGCAGAUCGCCGAGAUGGGAGCAUAUGUCAAGCUUCUUGAAUAUGACAACAUCGAUGGCAUGAUCCUCCUCUCCGAAUUGUCAAGACGUCGUAUCCGAAGUAUCCAAAAGCUUAUUCGAGUGGGACGCAAUGAAGUAGUAGUUGUGCUCAGAGUUGACAAGGAGAAAGGUUAUAUCGAUCUGUCAAAGCGAAGAGUCUCACCAGAAGACAUUAUCAAGUGCGAGGAAAGAUACAACAAGGGCAAGAUGGUUCACUCGAUCAUGCGACACGUUGCCGAAAAGACUCAACAUCCAAUCGAAGAUCUGUACGAGAGCAUCGGAUGGCCUUUGAACAAGAAAUAUGGACAUGCGGUUGAUGCGUUCAAGCUGUCUAUAACCAAUCCAGAUGUGUGGCAAGAGGUUAAAUUUCCAAAUGACGUUGUCGCCGACGAGCUGAAGUCCUAUAUCGGAAAGCGCCUCACGCCCCAACCUACAAAGGUCCGAGCAGAUGUUGAGGUUACAUGCUUUGGAUAUGAGGGUAUCGACGCAGUCAAGACAGCUCUCCGAACCGCUGAGGCCAGAAACACACCAGACAACCAAGUCAAGGUCAAACUUGUCUCACCUCCCCUCUAUGUUCUUACAAGCACUUGUCUAGAAAAGGCGGUUGGUAUCUCAACGCUGGAGGCAGCAAUUGUCGAUAUUCGAGCUAAUAUUGAGGGUGCUGGCGGUAAUUGUUUGGUCAAGAUGGAGCCAAAGGCUGUCACGGAGAACGAUGAUGCCGAGCUGCAGGCCUUGAUGGAGAAGCGUGAGAGAGAAAAUGCGGAAGUCAGCGGAGACGAGAGCAUGAGUGAGAGCGACGAGAACGCAGUGGAGGUGAUGUAGGCGGGUUUAGGGAUAUCAAAAGCACUGAGCGUGGCUUAACUUUGCAUUGCGGGCGCAUAGAGGGGCUUGCCAACAUGCCGUAGAUCUUGUUUGGUGAUUGUAUCAAAAGUACAUCGAAUCAGCAUGCGAUGAAUCUGAAUACAAAUUUGCAUUAACUGAAUGUCAUUUCGACUUUGGUGCCAUGCAAGGCUGUGUUUUUGACAAGGCUGACAAAUAAAAUGGCUUUGCCGAG